CGGUUUGUUCAGGUGACGCAAGAUCCGGUUGCUUGCAGGGGAAGAUCGUAAGGAGAAGAGCGCCACGUCGGCAGAGCACUCAGUAAAACCCCUUAAUUUUUUUCUAAAAGUUCUGCAACAUCGCAAGCCCUCUCCAGUGAGGAAAAGAAGCGCGAUUGUAAGCGCAGCGCCGUGCUGUUUAAAGAAGAACUCGAUAAAUUGUUAAAAGGAAGAUCCAGUUGGACCAAAAACCCACCACUCAUUUGUCGCAGGUGGGAAUUUAGGAGACGUAACCUUAGAUAACAAUCAGCCGCUGAACGCAGAAAGUGCUGGAAAACAAUGGUUAAGAACGUUAACUCGGAAGUGCAACAGAGUGGCAUUAUUGAGUGCCGAGAGCCUGAAUGUUCAGAGAGCGAUCCAGUUGAAGCCACCGAUGCCAAAGAUGGGAAAGAUGGAAAAGAACACCCUGUGGUCCAGCCUGGCAUGAUUUGGCGGGUGACAGGAGGUCUCUUUGGUGCCACCAAGACUGUUGUCGGGGCGACAGUUGGUGGCGUAGCCUGGCUGGGAGGGAAGAGCCUGGAGAUCACAAAAUCUGCAGUCACCUCUGUACCUUCCGUGGGGGUUGGCCUGGUCAAGGGUGGCGUGUCUGCCGUGGCAGGGGGUGUGUCCAGUGUGGGCUCCACAGUGGCCAGCAAAGUCCCGUUCACAGCCAAGAGGAAGGACAAGGCAGAGUGAGAACAAUGGACGUGCAGGGAAACGUGCUGACAACAAUGAUCGUGCUGCAGAACAUGAGGAUGAAGAAGAUGAUGAUGAUUAUGAUGAUGGAGAGAGGAAGGACACUUGUCAUCACCCCGCUCCCCCUGAGCCAUAAUACUAUUCCAGAUGAUGGUGACCUGUUGUGUUAACAUAGUGCUCUAUUUUUUGUGCAUGAACAGGGGUGUAUCUGGGACCUCUUGCGAUUUUUCUUUUUAUUGUUGCUUUGUGUGUGUGUGUGUCUGUGUGUCUCUGUGUGUGUGUGUGUGUGUCUCUGUGUGUGUGUGUGUGUGUGUGUGUGUGUGUGUGUGUUUCUUUGUCUGUUUUUUUGUUGUUUUUUUUGUGCGAUCACCCUAGAUUUAGACACCUGGUUACUUCUCCAUCCAAUGGAAGACAAUCAUUUCAGAUAAUGUUUUUGAAAGCUGUUGAAAUGCAAUACUUUUGGUAGAUCUUUGUGUGUGUGUCUGUGUUUUCUAUGUUGUAUAUCUUCAGGAUUCCAUCUCAGACUAGCCUGUCUCAAAAUAAGGAGAGCAUAAAGCAUUUGAUUGAGAAAAUACUUUACCACCAACAACUGUCUUAGACUGACCGAAUGAAAUAUGACUGCUGGUAUUUUACCCAAGUGUACUGUGGAUUAUUGUCAAAACCACAUUGGUUAUUCACUACUCAUUUGUAUCCAGAGCUGUAUGUUUUUACUUCCCAAAGAGUGUAAACUGAAUGAAAUAAAAAAUACAAUAUUUAUUGAA